AUGAGUCGCCCAGAGCAUCUGGCCCCCCCAGAGAUCUACUAUGGCGACACAGAAGCACAGAAAUACACGUCAAACACACGCAACCAGACGAUCCAGGCAGAAAUGACGCAGCGCGCCAUUGAGCUCAUGGCGCUGCCCGAGCACCGACGCCCCGGCCUCAUCCUGGAUAUUGGAUGUGGCUCGGGCCUUUCUGGCGAGAUACUCACUUGGGAGGGCUACGAAUGGGUCGGCUUUGACAUUAGUCCGAGCAUGCUGAGCGUCGGUCUGGAGCGCGACGCCGAAGGCGAUAUGCUGCUGGCCGACGCCGGGCACGGAUGCAUGUUCCGCCCCGGGUGCUUUGACGGCGCAAUAAGCAUUUCUGUACUGCAAUGGCUGUGCAAUGCAGAUACCUCAUACAAUGCUCCUGGCACGCGGCUAAGCACUUUUUUUUCCACAUUGUACGCAUGCUUGACCCGCGGCGCGCGCUGCGUAUUCCAAUUCUACCCCGAGAACGACAGCCAGAUUCAAUUUAUCAUGUCCAUGGCGACCAAGGCCGGGUUUGGCGGUGGUCUGGUAGUCGAUUACCCAAACUCGGUGAAAGCAAAAAAGAUCUACCUCGUGCUAUGGGUCGGCGGCGAAAUGAUAGCCGGUAUGAAUGGCGAGGGCAUGGGCGUAAAGCAGCAGCUACCGGAGGCGUACGACUUUGAUCAGGAUUCGCGCGGCGCCACGGUACGGAAUGAAACUCGCAAGGUAGGCGCGCAGCGCGACCGGAAACGCAAGAAACAGGGCGAGUCGGCGAAGGAGUAUAUCCAGCGCAAGAAAGUGCUCGACCGCGCGCGGGGUAAGACGAAUGUACCGCACGACUCAAAAUACAGUGGCAAGAAACGCCGCCGAAAGUAG